AAGAUGGCUGACGAAGAAAACACAAACAUGGAAGUCGAUCAGGAAAACGAUAAACCUUUUGCUAAAACAGUUAAGCCAAUCGUUGACAACGUUACCCAAAGAAUAGUCAAUCAUAAAAAUGUCGAAGGCAAGAAAGACGCCGGGGAAAGCAGCGCCACAACGGAGUACUGCGAGAAACUGCAGGGGUGGAUGUGGCAGUACUACACUGGAUAUGUGAACUGGCAGAGCUGGAUGGCAGCGUCAGCCAUGUCCUACCCUUAUUACUUACAGACAGACAGCGGGACGUCGACGACACCACUUGAUAUCAACUCCCAGAACUGGUUUCACGGUCCGUUUGGUCUUCCGUUGUCGCCUUAUCCACCUACCGUCACCUCCCAGAGCAGCCGGGGAGGUGAAGCCGCUGGCGGGGCUGCAGUGGCCGCUCAGCCGCAGCCGCAGCAGCCGCAGGAGAACGGAAACGCACCGAGACCGGGACGGGAGUAUAGCAUUCCCUCACCUCUCCAAAGACUGCUGGCUGAGAUGGUGGAUUUCUUCAUACUGUUUUUCAUUAAAGCAACCAUAAUCAUCAGUAUUAUGCAUCUGAGUGGAAUCAAGGAUGUUUCAAAGUUCGCCAUGCAUUUCAUAGUGGAGGAAAUAGAUGAGGACACAUCGAUGGAGGAGCUACAGAAAAUGAUGCUUGUUGCACUUGUGUACCGAAUAUUAGUGUGUUUUUAUGAGAUUGUGUGCAUUUGGGGAGCAGGAGGAGCCACUCCGGGGAAGUUUCUCGUUGGACUUAGAGUUGUUACAUGUGACUCGUCAGUUCUGGUUCAGCCUAACAGGGUGCUUGUAGUUCCAGCAACUAAUGUCUCUCUGUCUGCAUCAACUGUCCGAGCCUUGAACAAGAACUUUUCAAUUGCCUUCUUCUUCCCGGCCUUCAUCACACUAUUGUUCUUCCAGCACAACAGGACGGUGUAUGAUAUGGUUGCUGGCACAAUAGUUGUGAAACGCUCCAGGGUCAGAUGACGUACAAGGACCCAGCAGAGAGUCCUUCAUGAAUGCUGAGCAGGCACAGUGUGUUAUUCUUUAAAUGCCUGCAGAACUCAGACAUCAGCCUUUCAAGGUAUCGUCAGAACACACAGGAGCUUUAAGACUGUUGCAGAGUUUCAUACACAUCAGUAUGAACUAUUGUAGUUCCCUACAACUCCUACAACUCGGGUUUGGUUUGUUUCAGACACAUACUGUAUUUCUGCAUGUAUUUCGACAUGCUGCUUCAGAAACUGUUCCUGUGCCAAAUUGAUGUCUCCUUUUGAAGACAGGAUUAAUGAUGGUUUUUGCCGCAAUUUCAUUAACACAUUUGCCUCUUUUUAAAUGCUAAUCUUCCAGAUUAAGGGUGAAUGUCUGGCAUCACUCAGUAUUGAAGUUGCUAAUCAUGCAUUCAUGAGAUUAUACCUUCAGUAUCUCUUUGUAUUUAAAAUUUUGUCUUGAGAGUUUUGCAGUCAGACUUUUCGAUUUUGAGUUUUUGAUCUUCACACAGGAGUGAUGCAUCAUGAUCAGCUUUUUCAAAUGCUGAAAUGCUGUGGUUGUAAGGCACAUUUAAAUAUAUUGAAAGGAAAUGUAAAUCUGAUCACAACUGAUCUUCCUUCACUCUUACAGCAUGUGUGUGACUGAAAAGUCCAUGUAUGACACAUUUUAUGUGAUUAAAUGAUUUUUGCAUUUAAGAAAAUUAAACGAAAUCCCCACUAUUUCCCA